AGCAAACAUCCAUCAAUUUGCUUUUUUUGUAUUCCUAUUCAUCAAUUAAUUCUACUAUCGGUGGCGGAGGCAAGAUUUAAAACUACCUAUGUGCUCAUUUCAUAUAUAUAUAUAUAUAUAUAUAUAUAUAUAUAUAUAUAUAUAAUAAAUAUAAUUAGAACUAAUAAUGGAAAAAUGAUUCAUUCAUAGACAACGAAUAAUCAACUAAUAUAAUUAUUGUUUACAUAGACAACCAUGACAAGUUUUCAUAUUUCGAAAGAAACGCAAAAUAUAUUCAUUGUACAAUCUUAAGUAAAUUUCUUUCAAUGUAUCCCACUAAACAGUCAGCAAAUUGAAUCGCCAAUUCGUCUUUGAACCUAGUUCUUAUCAUAACUCAAACUAAAAUGUUUGUUCUACUCUUACAUUUGCAACCGGUAGAAACAAAACUAGAUUCAUAAGCAAAUAAAUAACCGAUUAAUUUGGUUAUCCAUUGGUACAAACUCGAGGGAGCAUUAUUAGUUAAUCUAAUCAUAGAUAUGGACCCGACCCGACCCGACCCACAUCCCUAGCAGCAGCCGCCGUAUGAGCAAAGGAGAAGGAGUAAAGCAUUCGGUGUCGGUUUCUUUGUUUCUUUCUUAUAAGAAGGAAUCAGAAGAUUUCAGUUCUCUUCUCGGUUGUAAUCCCAACCGAAGCUCCGCCUAUACCACCUAAUCCUUUCUCCUUCGUCGCCGGCGUGCGAUGGCGACCGAGACCGAGACCUGCACCUCGGAUGGGGAUCUGCGACAUCGACCACCAAUCAGGUCAGACGCAAACAGCAAACUCGGGGCCGAUCUUCUCCUCGAGAUUCUGAUUCGCCUCCCCAAUCCCAGAUCCGCCUGCCGCUGCAAACUCGUCUGCCGGCUGUGGAGGUCCGUCAUCUCCGAUGCCUCCUUCAAUCGCCGUUACGUUUCUCACCACCAGACCACGAGCCCCAGCGAUCUCAAAUCGAUGAUCCUCGGAUUUCUCCCUCCCAUGGCUAAAGGAGCUCGAGACGCUCUGAAAGUCUUGGAUUGCAACAGAGGCUUGGUUUUAUGCGGGUUCUGGGAUGAACUUAUAUACACCGACGACGACGGGGAACGCAGCAGAUCCUACUUGCUCUGCAAUCCGUUUACGAAGCAGUGGGCUGCUCUCCCUUUGGCGCCGAAGAAGUCAGUGAUAUAUUCUGCUCCGGUGGCAAGGUUAGUUUUCGAACCCCAAACAUCACCACCUGCUGCUGCUGCUGCUCAUCGGUUCCGGGUGGUGUAUCUCUACCAUCAGGUCGAGCCAAUAUUAUCUAUCAAACUGGAUGUGUUUUGUUCCGAGUCUGGAGAAUGGAUCAAGGAUGCUGUUGUCCACGAUUAUGAUGUCAGAUCCAAAGGUGGUUUAGCUUCAUGGAAUGGGGAGUUGUUUUGGGUGUAUCGACAUUACCUUAGCCCUGACUUUGGUAUUCGACCCUUGGUGGCGGUGUUUGAUCCUUUCCGCCUCGACGUGCCUCCCACGUUGGACAACAUGUACAAGGAAAACUUCAGCUUCUUGUUAAAUAGUAGUAGUAGUAGUGAUCCAACAAAUCCCGAUGAUGCGGCAGCAUUCGCUCCAGCCAAGGUACGAAGGAUUAAGAAGAGGCGUGUAGAUGCUGCAUUCGCUCCAGCCAAGGGUCUCACGAACUCUAAUGUCAAGGUGCGAAGAAGGGUUAAUAAGAAGAGGCGCGCAGUUGCGGCAUUCGCUCCAGCCAAGAGUGUCUUGCCAUCGGAUUCUAAUUCCAAGGUACGACGAAGAAGGGUUACGAGGCGUGUAGCUUCCGGGGCGGAAGCAACAAGUUUUGGGUUCAAAACACCAGUGAUAGUGAAGCAACAACUCCCUCCCUCAGUCAGCUCAAUGAUUGCGACAUGGCCGAAACCUGAUGUGCAAGAGGAUCGUCCUGAUACGAGAGAUUCAACCGAUGAUAACAUUUGAUUGCUCAGGUGUGUGGCCCUUUCCACCAUUGAUUGAUUGAAUUGAAUUGAACUCUCUUCAGAGUUUGCUUGGGAUGAUGCAGAGUGCGUAAGCUGUAAAGCCGUUGAUUUUUUUAGGUAAAGGGCUGGUGAAGUUUUAACCGUCCGGUCUGGUGGAUAAUCUCACAUGUGAAAUAUAUGAUAAAUAUAAUGACCAAAUUAGUAUUUAAUGAUGUUCUGCCUUUUCCAACUGUAGCGUCUCCAAAUAGAUGAGUCUUCCUCUACUUUAACCGAUCUCUUGAUCAUUUCAAAAUUUUUUUUUUUUUUUUGUGUAGAAUUCAUUUUCAAAUGAAUUCUUAUAUUAGGAAUGCCAUUUUCAAAUUUUAACCGAAUGAAUUGGAUCACAUUUGAAAGACAUACAGAAAUGAACUCAAUAAUAAUUUCCCAAAUAUAUCCUUCGCUCAUGGAUCAUUAUCUUAUCAUAGCCAAACGUGAGAAGUUCGCUUUCCACUAUAAUACUUAAUGGAUGCCCUAUGAAGUAAGUAUGUUGUUGGAUUAGGACUCAGGAGAAGGUAAUGUUAUUUUUAGGCAUGCAAAUGCAAGCCUCUAGUGUCUAGUGAUAUGAUUGAAUUUCAUGAUUAAUAAGCAACGCCACGGUAACUUACAAUAAGUAAAUAUUAUUUCUUGAGGUGAUCCAAUCCAAUCCAUGCAUAUUAUGAACUCCAACGGCAUCCCAAUCUAUGGGGUCGUCCAGGAACUGAAAGCUUCUGUUAGAGCCACUCUAGGAUAACUUCUUUCGAGUUAGGUAAGAUAUUUGGCUGAAAUUUGUAAAUUAAGUGUAGACUUUAUUUGGAAAUUCCACCAAAAUUCUUUUGAAAAUUUAAAUUCAUAGAAAUGUUUAAAUUCAUAGACUUUAUUUGGCUCCAAUUUCAUAGAAUUCAAAUUCUAGAAAAAUUUAAAUUUGAAAAUAAAUUAUUUUACAUACCAAACACAUAAACACUUCAUUCCAAAAUGAAUUCUAUUCAAAUUUUUAUAGAAUUCAUUUAUAGCAAACAAUAAUUAGUUCAAAACCUUUCAACCACCGGUAGUAGCAAUCACCACUGCCACUACCGCCUUGUUCGCUGCAAAACCCUUCUCCAUUUCUUCGUCGUUUCCUCUCGCUUCUAGAAGCGGCAAAUAGAUUGGAUUCAUGGAUUGAUGGAUCCAUGGAUCAAAUGCAUUAGAGGAUCCAUGUACAGGAUCAAGUGGAUUGGUGAAUUAUCCAUGAAUCCAAAUGACAUCCUCAAAUACUGGCGCCAAGAUUAAAGCAACGCGAGUUCGAUCUUCAGCACCAACAUAUCCUCCCCAAACCGAAGCUUCUUCUUCCAGCCUGCAAACUUCCUUACUCCUUCGGCUUGAACUCUGCUUCGUUACAAACUCCUAGUUGCUUCCUCGUCCAUUGAAGCGUCUCCAACUCGAGUGAUUUUGUCAGAUGCCAACCAUCUGUUGUGUUCCACAGUACUCCAAUUCAAUGACCUUAUCCUUUGCCAGAUCUCUUAGAAAGUGAAACCUGAUGUGAAUGUGUUUAUUUCUCCCACGAAAUACUGGAUAUUUGUCAAUGAGAGGGGCGAGGUUGGUAGAAUAGAAAUUAGAUUUUUUAUUUUAUUUAUUUAUAAUGAAUGUAAUAAUGAGGU